UGGGAACAAUAUUUGGUGUACACAAUCGGCUUCAUAUGGCAGCAGGAAUGUUGCUAUCUAGCUAUUUAAUCAUAGCUCAAACAUCAUCUCUUCGAAACGAAAAUACUACCAGUUAUAAUAAUGGUAAUACGAUUACAGAUGCAGAAGAAGAGACGGAAAAAAUCAGUCCAUUUUGGUCAUUUAAUGACUCCGUUGACUUGACAAAAUAUGAACAAUUUGAUCAUCAACGUUUUAUAGAGACUGUGUUGGAUCCUGAAUUAGUCCAACCAACGACAUCUGCUGUGCCAAAAAUAAAGACACCUCCACAUACAAGACGGAGAAAUUCCACUAAAAUUCAACAACCAAUAUCGCCUCCAGUAUUUGAGGGUCCAGCAAUGUCUAACGUGACAGCUAGAUUGGGCGAGAGCACGUUUCUAUACUGCACAGUCCAAAACCUGCAACAAAGACCGGUAUCGUGGGUUCGUCGUCGAGAUUGGCAUAUACUAAGCUCCGGUGUUUUUAUGUACACAAAUGAUGACAGAUUUCAUGUAAUGCAUGCAGACAACGCAGAUAAUUGGGAUUUACAGAUCAAAUAUGUACAAAAGAGAGAUGCUGGUUCAUAUGAAUGCCAAGUGGCGAUGGGAACGGGUAUUGCUUCGCAUUACUAUAAUUUGGAUGUAAUUGUACCAACGGCUCGAAUUUUAGGAAGAGAAGAGUACCAUAUUGGCAAAGGAAGCACAAUAAAUCUUAUCUGUGUCAUUGAAAAUGGAUCCUCGUCAACAAGGAAUGUCGUUUGGGUUCAUAAUGGAAUUCCUAUAUAUAAUACUCAAAAUAACAAGAAAGAUGAUCCAGGUCCUAUAAUGGUAACUACGGAAGUCAUACAACCUGACAAUACCAUUCAGAGUAGGUUAUUUAUCCGAGGGGCAUCUCCGUCAGCUUUGGGAAAUUACACAUGCACAGCGCCGUACACUGAACCUGACACGGUCAAUGUUUACGUGAGCGAAGAAGGAGACAAUAUCGCUGCAAUUCAAAGACACGGAACAUCAUCGGGUGCAUCUUGUGUUUUGACAAUAAACACUGUAUUUCCAAUGAUAGUUGUAUUACAGAGGAUUAUCAAAUUCGUUUGAACUGAAUAGUUUUGUACAUAAU